AUGGCCUCCGCCGCGAUUGCCAAAUUAACCUACUCCGCCAACGCGCCGCUGCCCCGCCCCUCAAAUUCCCCUAAAUUCGCCGCCAUUUCAUUCGCGCCGCGCCCGACAGGAUUCCGCCCUUCGCCGCCCAGUUUCGUCCUUAAUCGCUCUGCAAAUGGAUCGUCCCUUCCGGUUAUCAGAGCUCAGGGCUCGACAGAUUACGUACCUGAGGCCAAUUUCUACAAGGUUGAAGCCAUUUUAAGGCCAUGGAGGAUCCCACAGGUUUCAUCGGCUUUGCUUAAAAUGGGAAUCCGUGGGGUUACCGUGUCUGAUGUACGAGGAUUUGGUGCUCAAGGUGGCUCACCAGAAAGACAAGCAGGCAUAGUUCAUAUUAUACAACUGGAUUCUGUUAUUGUGUUUUCUCCCCAAAAGUGCCUUGAAUUUAUUCCUGCAUCAAAUAUUUUUCUUUCUUCAGGCUCUGAAUUUUCUGAGGACAAUUUUGUUGUAAAGGUUAAGAUGGAAAUUGUUGUGAGCAAACAUCAGGUUGAAGAAGUUAUUGAUAAGAUAAUACACGAGGCAAGGACUGGAGAGAUCGGAGAUGGCAAGAUUUUCCUGACCCCCGUAGCAGACAUAAUAAGAGUCCGCACAGGUGAGAGAGGAGAAAAAGCUGAGAGGAUGGUUGGGGGACAUGCUGACAUGUCCUCCGCUCGACCGUCCGCUUGA